AUGAAUCUACUAAGAAAAGGCAUAUCUCUUUUAUCUCUUGGAGUCAGAACACAAAUAACACCUUAUCUUCGUAACUGCCCCACGCCAACGAGUAUGUUUCCAGCACUUGCUCAGAACCAAGGUCUGAUCGCGAGGGCCGCUUCGUCGCUGCAGCAGAUGCACAGAAACGGGCCACACAAGAAAGUUCGGAAGUCGAGGAAUCCACUCAAUGGAAAUCCCUUCGCUAAGGGCGUUGUUCUGAAGACUUUAAUCAAGAAACCCAAAAAGCCGAACUCCGCCAACCGCAAGUGCGUGCUGGUGAGGCUGUCGAAUGGAAAAGAGAUGGUCUCGUAUGUGCCCGGCAUCGGACAUAACCUGCAGGAACACAACAUCGUCCUCGUGAGAGUCGGAAGGGUCAAAGACUGCCCCGGGGUGAAACUGAAGUGCGUCCGAGGAAAGUAUGAUUUAGCUCAUGUCAUCAAACAAAAAGUGUGA